ACCGCGGUGUUCUUCAAAACUUAAUCUUGUUCAAAUUCACAAUGUGAAACGCGUUAAAAAGCUCGGCAUAGCUGCUCAGUGAUUGGCUAAAGUUUCCAUCGGCCACGAUAUACAACCUCUGAUUGGCUGAGGGCUGAUUCUCUCGUUGAAUGAAUAUAGGAAGUGUGCAGCGUGAGACUGCAAUUUGACAUUCGCUCAGAGCUAUAACGGAAUCAAGUACCUUAUCGCCAGUGUUAACGUUCAGACUCAAGAUGGUGGACUCCCAGUACUACCUCCCAAAUGACAUUGGAAUCUCCGCACUCGACUGCAGCGAGGCCUUUCGUUUGCUUUCACCUCAGGAGAAGAUGUACGCCCACUACCUGUCACGCGCAUCUUGGUAUGGCGGUCUGGCAGUACUGCUGCAGACAUCCCCCGAGUCUGCAAACAUCUUUGUCUUGCUGCAGAGAAUCUUCAGGAAGCAGACGCCUGCACAGCUGGAACAGGUCGCCACAGCAGCUGGGCUCAGCUCUGAGGAGUAUCAGGCCUUUCUGGUGUAUGCAGCGGGUCUGUAUGCAAACAUGGGCAACUACAAGUCUUUUGGAGACACAAAGUUCAUCCCAAAUCUGCCUAAGGACAAGCUGAAAGCGCUGGUUUGGGCCAGCCAGGCCUUUCAGGAGCAGCCGGCUGAGAUGGAGGCUCUAUGGGACAGCUGCUCCUGUCUCCUCUACUCGCUGGAAAACAGACAGAAACAGCUGGGGCUGGGUGACAAGGGAAUUACCACCUAUUUCUCAGGAAACUGCUGUCUGGAGGAUGCUGAGCUGGCUCAGAAGUUCCUCGACUCAAAAAAACUGUCUGCCUACAACACGCGUCUGUUUAAGAAGGAAGAUGGAGGGAAAACCUGCUACGAGGUCCGCUUGGCUUCAGCUGUGCAAAAAGACUGCGCAGUGGAUGGGGAGUGCGAGUCCUGCUGUGGCAGCUUCAGCUUUGAAGACAAAGAGUUCACUGUGAAGAGGGGAGACUAUAGCCCUGUCAUGGAAAAAGUCUGCUAUUAUCUUGAAAAAGCACAGGCCUAUGCUGCCAAUGAGAACCAGAGGAAGAUGCUUGAAGAGUACACACGCAGCUUCACCUUAGGCUCCAUUGAAGCACAUAAAGAGGGUUCGCGCUACUGGAUUAAAGACAAGGGGCCAAUUGUGGAGAGUUAUAUAGGUUUCAUCGAGAGCUACAGAGACCCAUUUGGCUCCAGAGGAGAGUUUGAAGGUUUUGUGGCCGUUGUGAACAAGGCGAUGAGUGAGCGUUUCGCCAAACUGGUGAGUUCAGCAGAAGUCUUGCUUCCUGAGUUGCCAUGGCCGCAGGAGUUUGAGAAGGAUACGUUCCUUAAACCGGACUUCACCUCACUGGACGUUCUCACCUUCGCUGGGAGUGGAAUACCAGCUGGCAUCAACAUCCCCAACUACGAUGACAUCAGACAGACAGAGGGCUUUAAAAACGUGUCGCUUGGUAACGUGCUGGCUGUAGCCUAUGCAACGCAAAAAGAAAAACUGACCUUCCUGGAGGAGGGGGACAAGGAUUUGUUUAUCAAAUGGAAGGGCCCGUCGUUCGAAGUGCAGGUUGGACUUCACGAGCUUCUGGGUCAUGGGAGCGGAAAGCUGUUUGUCCAGGAUGACAAGGGCAAGUUUAACUUUGACCAAAGUAAGGUGAUCAACCCAGAGACUGGUGAACCAGUGUCCAGCUGGUAUCGGGGCAGCGAGACCUGGGACAGUAAGUUCUCCACGAUUGCUUCUUCUUAUGAAGAAUGCCGCGCUGAGUGUGUCGGACUCUAUUUGUGCCUCAACAAACAAGUGCUCAGUAUUUUUGGCAAUGAGGGUCAGGAUGCAGAUGAUGUGGUGUACAUAAACUGGCUCAGCAUGGUCAGAGCGGGACUGCUGGGCCUGGAGUUCUACACACCUGAGAGCAAGAGCUGGAGACAGGCUCACAUGCAGGCUCGAUUCGUCAUCCUACGCGUGCUGCUGGAGGCCGGAGAGGGCCUGGUGGGCCUGGAGGAAGUAACGGGAGAAGAUGGCAAGCCCGAUGCACGGAUUACACUGGACCGAAGCAAAAUCCCCACCGUGGGCAAGAACGCCAUCCAUAGGUUCCUUUGUAAACUGCAGGUCUUUAAGUCGACGGCAGACGUGGAAGGAGGCAGGGCUUUCUAUGACAACUACUCCACCGUAAGCGACACUGGCGCUCACAACUUUUUACGCCUGCGCGAGACGGUCCUGCUGAGGAAGGAGGCUCGCAAGAUGUUUGUUCAAGCCAACACAAGAAUCAGCGGGGAUAGUGUUGAGCUGGUGGAAUACAAAGGCAGCGCAGCAGGUUUGAUUCGUUCCUUUACCGAGCGCUUCCAAGACGACGCAGAGCAGCUGGAGUCCAGCCUGCUGGAGCUGAGCAAACAAGACGCUCCCUGCUGGUGUUGAUGUAUGGAGGGAGGGAGGGAGAAUCUGCUUUGCAAUUUCCAAAAAGUACCAACAGAAAUCAGAUUUUUUUUUCUUCUUUUUCUUUGCAACUGUAUGCAAUAGCAGAAUGAUUCUUUCUUACAUCCAAUAAAGCCAUAGAACCAGAGCAGCCACAACUUUUCAAGCACCAACUGAUUCUUAAGCACUCUGGUUCAGUGUCAGGUCUGUUUCUGAUGAGAAUUGUCAGAUACAAAUGAGUGAGAUGAUUAUUAAUAGCUCAUCACUCUUGCAGAUGUCUUUGGCAAACACUUUUCUAAUGAGAAGUAAGAACUAAACCAAUGUAACCCUGACACUUAAAAACGGUUAAAGCAUUGAAAAAAACUGCUUUUACAAAUCUUUAUGGUAACUCAAAGUGAUUGAAGUGAAUACUUUUUUACAGUCAACUCAUGGCUACAGAUUUUACAGUCUUCACAGCUGGUCCUUUUUAGUUUUGUCCAUUUCUGUGUUAAUGACUUGAGAGGUUUAGACUGUUAACUAGCUCCAGUGACAACUUAAUGUUGACUGUAAGGCAAAGUAAUACUUCAUGUUAUUUUUGCCCAGUUUGGUAUUAAGGCAUAUUGGAUUAGUGUUAUUCCUCUUUCUGGUGAGUCGGACUAGUAAGUAUUUUUGAUGUUGAAUCUGAACAAAUUAAAAAAAUCAAUUUGAUAAGA